AUGGACAAUUACACCAGUGAUGAAGACAUCGAUGAUGACUUUGACACCCAGCUCAUCAUUCAGCAGAGUUUACAGGAUAGUCACAAGUCAGGAACUACACAGCAGUCACCUGAGGAUGAGAGCUUUUUGAGUGCUUACUAUAAGAAGAUAGUUGAAACAAUAGAGACAGGUAAGGAAGAUGUGUUGUCUCAGUUGACCAAGUACCAUUCAGCUUUUGAUGAAGCGGAUGAGAUAGGCUGGCUUCCUCUCCAUAAGGCUGCAGUACAAUUAAAUAAGAACAUUUUGGAAAUCACCCUGAAAGCCUCAAAACUCAGUGUGUGGGAGCAAACGACCCACAAUGGUGAAACGCCACUGUUUUUGGCUGUCAGCAGUUGCCUCUUAGAAAACGUUAGUUUUCUCCUUCUCAAUGGCUGCAAUCCAAAUACCAAGAAUGUCGAAGGCAAUUCACCUCUUCUUACAGCCGUUCUACAGGACUCCUAUGACAUGGCCUCCUUGCUGAUCAGCCAUGGAGCCAACGUCAACCUGUUGUGUGCCAACAAGAGGACAGCGCUCCACGAAGCAGCCAAGCUGGGCAGACGGGACAUAGUGGCACUCCUGCUGGCUUCCGGGGCACACCCCGACCCACAGAGCUCCUAUGGAUUCACUCCUCUCGCUCUUGCUGCCCAAAACGGUCACACUGAAAUCAUGCAACUCUUACUGCAGAAAGGAGCUAAUGCUCUUGGUCAGGCCUCUGACUCUUCUUCCAUCUUACUUGAAGCCGCUAGCGGAGGAAAUCCAGACUCUGUGACUCUCUUGCUAGAGUAUGGAGCUGAUGCCAACGUCCCUAAGAAUUCAGGUCACCUGCCCAUUCAUGUAGCAGCUGACAGAGGUCACUUUUUAGCUCUGAAGAUUUUGGUUCCAGUUACUGAUUUUGCUGCCAUCAAGAGGAGUGGCAUCAGUCCAGUUCACUGUGCAGCAGCAGGAGCACACCCCAAAUGCCUGGAACUUCUCAUCCAGGAGGGAUUUGACGUGAAUUUCAUGCUCGACCAGAGAAUCCGCAAACACUACGAUGACCACAGGAAGUCGGCUCUGUAUUUCGCUGUAUCAAAUGGUGACCUCUCUUCAGUUAAACUGCUUCUGAGUGCUGGAGCUAUGCCUAAUCAAGACCCAGUUAACUGCCUCCAGAUAGCCCUCAGGAUGGGCAACUAUGAGCUGGUGAGUCUGCUGCUACGGCACGGGGCCAACGUUAAUUACUUCUGCAGAGUCAACCCUUUACAUUUCCCAUCGGCGCUGCAAUAUACCCUGAAAGACGAAGUCAUGCUGAGGAUGCUGCUGAAUUACGGGUAUGACACCGAGCGAUGCUUCGAUUGUCCUCACGGAGACAAAGGUCAUCCUUUCUACGCCUUUGAAGGCUGGACAUCUACAGUCAUCAAAGACACUAUGUUCUGUGAAGUAAUAACUUUGUCAUGGCUGCAGCAUCUCUCUGGGAAGGUUGUUCGAGUGAUGCUUGAUUAUGUUGACCAAGUUAGGAUCUGUUCAAAGUUGAAAGCUGUGCUCCAAAAACAGGGGCUCUGGUCAGAAAUCCAUUUUAUCUUGACAAACCCUCGCUCUCUUAAACAUUUGUGCCGCCUCAAGAUCCGGAAGUGUAUGGGACGUUUACGUCUGCGCUGCCCCGUCUUCAUGUCAUUUCUUCCAUUACCCAACCGUCUAAAGGCGUAUGUCCUUUACAAAGAGUACGACCUUUAUGAACAAGGAAUUUUCACAGGAACCUGGUAAUCAAACUAUUCUGGAUGAAAAGGUACAGAUCUGCAGAUUUCUUUCUUAAAAUCUGACUUGUAUUUCUCACUUUACCUGGCGACUAAAAUCUCAAUGCAGUCUAGGUUCUUCAGAGAGUCACUCUGAACAUAGUCUCUCAAUAGAUGGCUAGCCUUAUGAAAGGCAGUUUUAUAAAAAUAAAACCCAAAGUAAAAAUUUCAGUUAACUGAGCUUAUCAGUUCUAAUGCUAAAUUGAUGUUACAUUAAAUGUAUGAAUUCAUAUUUUUAUAUGCCCAAAAUAAUAAAUGCCACCUCUGAUAAUGCAAGAUAAUUCUUAAUAGUAAUACUUUUCAUAGAGAAAUACAUAUAUAAAACGCCUUAGUUACGACAAUGAAUAAAGUGCUGACCCAAGUACAUGGUCCUAGAAAUUAGCUGUUCCUAUACAGAAGUCCCAAGAAUAGCUUAGUGUCUGUUUAUGUGUAGAGUGCAGUCCUGAGGUAAUUCAGCUGAAAGAGAACCUUCAAUUGCAGUUUCAUCAUUAACGGGAUACAUGGAUUCCUUCUUUCCACAAAACCCUGGCUAACGGUUACCAUUUAUUGGUUCACGUGAUCACUGGAAUAAAAACUGGUUUCAAAGGGAUGAUGGUUUAUGAUUUCUACACUGAGUCCAGUCCAGUAGACAGACAGGAAUGGCUCACUGAUAGAAGCAGUUAUAAAUAUUAGUUUACAAUUUUGUUUCUAUAUAUUCUACCUUGCAUUUAAAUACAGGUUUCUGGAUGUGGAACUGAGGAAAGAAACUGAGAAGACAUUCAUUCAGCCACACCUGUGUACCAUGAUAUGGCACAUCAACACAGAGAACAGAGGGGCAGGAUUAUGGCCACAGGCCUAGUCAGUUACAGCUUGAUGUUUAUGUGUUCAGUCUUAGCAUACAUUUUUUUCUUUUUGGCAUAAUAUAGUCCUUCUUAAGGAAACUGAAGCUAUAUGAUUAUUUUCUGAUGUAGGGAUUCGUGGCUAUAUAGACUAUUUCAGUAAGUACAGACUUAAAAUUACUUUUAUAAUACAGUUUUCACAUAGAAACUUUGCAAAACUAGCUGGCAUGAAUAGUUUUUAUUUUUUUAAUCAAAGUGUGGUGUCUGUUUAUAAAUGAGUGCUAGAUUAUAUGUAUGUUCAUAUACAAAUAUAUUUAGGAUAUACAUGCACCUAGAUAAAUUAUAUAAUUCUAAAGUUAAUUUCAUCUGCUCCC